AUGCAGUAUCGCAACAUCCUUCCCGAUGGCAGCAUCGCUGAGGGUGACAAGGCUGGCGAGAAGAUGAUUGUAAGGUGGCAACUCUACGACCGAACGAGGUUGAAGGCAGCCAAGGAGGCGCUGGAGUCGCAGGAGGUGGACCGACUUGUCACCUUCAUCAACAAGAUGCGCAGGGUGGCUGGUGAGCAUGAUCUCCUCGCGGGCGAGCUGGACGCGGUGGCGGAGCUCUUCACUCUCGCAUUAGACCCGCUCGGUGCACCCAUUCCUUCGGCCUUUGAACGCGUCGCUACCAUCGACACUGGCGACAAAACCGACACAACGAGUCCCAAGAACGGCAUGAGCUCGAGAGAGCGCUCCAAGGUGGAGUACAUCGUGGAGUACUACAUUCGCCAAACAGCCUUUGAGCCCAGUGAACUGCUCGGGAUCCUCACGGAAGCCUGUCGCCUCUUCUCAGCCGUCACGCCUCACUUGAAAGUGAUGAUCCGCGAUCUUGAGCAGCACAUCAAGCACAAGACCGAGACCGUCUGGCUCCGCUAUGCUGGUACAACUGGCAACGACCCCGCCCAGCGUGCCACCUCGGACCUCAACUCCGCGCGUCAUCUUUGGAGCAACGUCAUGAGCUUGGUCGAGGGGAAGACGGUCGAGGUGUGGCGCUGGACCUUGCCGAUCACUGAGUCAAUAACCUCCUACGAGCACCGGGCUCGGAUGGAGCUCCAGGCAAUUGAAAGGGCUCUGAUCGCGUCCAUGUACCCUCGCUGCCUAAACUCGGCCCCGGGCGGAUCUCGUGCCAUCCCCGACCUCUCACGCCUUCCUCCUGGAACCCCCCUCCCCCCCGGCGACCAUGAUCCCGGCCUCGACGAGAUCAAUGUCAAAAUCACCCAGUUGAUCGUAGACAUGGCCGCCCAGUGGGAGAGUGGGGGCGCGACUAAGAUCCACCCACAAGCGUUGGAGACUGUCGUUCAGGCGGCGAAGGUGCGCAGAACAGAUGGCGGGCAUGUUGUCCUCUGCCGAGUUGCCAAGGACAUUACCCAUGAAGCUUUCCAUUAUCGGCGCGAUGGCUUGGACUACCACGGCAGGUUGGCGGGUCCCGGUCCGGCUCUAGGUGUUCUCUUGAAGCUGCAUGCGCACGCCGCGCCCACUGCCGACACUCUGUCCUGGGAAGAGAUUGUCUCGAUACUGGGCCCUUUCAUCGACCUCUGGAGUGUAUGUCUCGAGCACAAGGACAUCAUUUCGGCUGUGGGGUGGCUGUGGGAGUACCUUCGGAUCGUGCGACCCCUGGUUGUGGAUGUGCAGUCCGCCAAGGUGUCCAACCUCCUCUUGACCAAUGUCUUCGCCCAUGUCCAGCGCAACUCCGCGGGAGGCUGGACAUGCCCGCCCAUUGAGGACGACGACUGGGAGGACAUUUACCCCGAGCGAUGGAUGUUCUGCGUCGGCGAAAUCAUCCUUAUCAACAUCGACGAGGAUACGUUUGCCCUGGCCGUUAUGUCGUCCCAUACGGGCCGCAACAAGUACAACCCGGUGAUCAAUGAGAAGCUCGUCCUGCUGCAAGGCACGACAGAUGCCAUCUGCCAGCAACUCGUUAUUGAGGUCACGCACUGGGCCCAGGCCAACCCACACGGCCGUCCAACCCCCGACGAGUUCAUGGAGAUGCGACAGUCUGUGCUCGACAAGAACCUGGACCCCGUGAAGCUUCGUGACGCUCAGCAGCAAGAGCUGCACGUUGAUAUAUUCUGGCUCAAUCAACGCCGCCAGCUGGGCAGCACCACCCGUGGUACCCGCACGGCGCUGGCCCCCGCCGCCGUGUCCCAGAAGCUCCGCGCGAUGGCUCUGGCCGCGAAGGCAACUCGCAUGUUGGGUUUCGGCCCCAAGUCUUCUCCGGCACGUCUGGAGCAGUGCGAGUCCUUUCUUGUCGCCGACAAGAAGGUCCGGGCCCGCGGUGUCACCGUCAAGAUGCACCGCAGCUAUCGCCCCGACCAUGCCAAGACGGACGAGGAGUUCCGCGCGUGCCACAAGGGCGGCGACGACCAUGCGACGAGAAACAUGACCAAGGAGGAGCUGGACGGCCACAUUGAGCGUUGCUUUGGAGCCAACCUCAAGAUGAGGAGGUCGCUGGAGACGGCUUACUUUCCCCAGUCUGUCACUUCUGAGACUGCAGUCAACGUGAAGGCGACCGAGAAGACUGUGGGCACCAAACUCACGCUUCUCGACUGCUCGAAGUGUGGCCGCAGCUCGAUCGGCAAGGCUAUGUGGACACACCAGUGCCCAGACGUGCAAGAUGCGCUCAAGUUCCGCCCCGAGAGCGCGUUCGACAUGCUCGAUGUCGACGAGGCGAAGGUCGUGGAGUGGGGACUCGAGGUGGUCAUGACAGGCGACGUGUGGGCGCGGCUCCGUGCAGGUGGCGACCUCCACCACCACGGCUUCGCCGCGGUCAUCGGUGACACCAACCUCGAUGUCCCGGUUAUCGUCGCCCCAGGGUCCACGGGCCGCUGGGUCAUGAUCAACUGUCUUGCCCGAUUGUUCCAGGCCACGGCUGGCCGCCUGCCCCACCUCGACAGCAUCGAGCUCGACAAGAAGGGCAUCAGCGCCCUCGUCAAGGCCAUGGAGCAGGGCAAGCCGCUCGAGUCGUUCGAGUGCACCCACGAAGCCGGUGGCGGCAGGUUCGAGCCGGUCGGUCGCGGGGGUCAGACGAUUGUUCGCAAGAAGAAGAGCAUCCCGUCCGGCCAAGUGGUCUCCGCCUUCAGCGAGCUUCCUGUCCAGUGGAAGUGGGGCCUCCUGAACGCCUACUUCAUGCACGGUGACGAGGAGAUGACGAUCGAGCUGUUCAUGUUUGCAACAUCUCCUGCUCCAGCCCCAACCACGAUUCUUGACGCUGACGCCUCCACAGCCUUGUCGUCCACCAACCCCACCACCGCAGGCAAACGUGGUCGAGGGUCCGCAUCCACUGAGACUGGCACCCAGCUCAAGAAGACUCGCACUGCUGGUCCCACUACUCAGCCCGCUGCCAGUCCCAGAGUCGCAUUGCCACGCCCACCUCUCCAAGUGCCACCCGCGUCGACACCUGGCGCACACGCGCCACCACGACCGGUUGAUUCCGGGCUCGUGCCGAGGCACUUCCCAAACCCGCAGACUGUGUUGCCUCCCCGUCCCGGAGACCCACCCCCACGAGCUUUUUGGGCGUACAGCAACGUAAGGCCCAAGAACCACCGCAGGCCAGCACUCCCCGCCUCACCCUCAGCGUCCGCGUCGAGUACCGCCCGCCCCAAACCGGGCGCCACCCCUGUGCCCAAGUGA